AUGAAGCCUUCAAGGGCUAACCAUGAUUAUAACAGUUGGUAUGGAUGGGUAGUUGUACUUGGGUGUAUGUAUAUUCAAGCUGUUAUUGUAGGUGGCCUAGUUGGUUCUAGCAUGUUUUUCGUGUUAUUCUCUGAAUACUUCAAAAAAGGUGUUGGAAGGACCUUUGCAGUCCAGUCACUCCAAGCUUUAGUGGGAACUUUGGCAGGACCAUUUGCCGGUGGUUUAUCUAAGCGGUUUGGUUGUCGUCCACUGGUAGUGUCUGCAGGAAUUAUAGCAGUUGUUGCUAUAAUCUUGACUUCAUUUGCAACCAGCUUGGAUGGCAAAUGGUUUGUCUUGACAGUCUUCUUACGAUAUUUUCUUACAUGGUGGAGUGCAAUUGAAUUGAUUCCCAUUGCUAGUCAAGAUGUAGAGGAUAUUACAAUCUUAAGCUGUGGAGUGAUCUCUAUGCAGAUACGGAUUAUACAUCCCGACAUGACCAUGAAUCAUUCAAAAGCCAAACAAGAUUCCAGUUUAUAUAAAUGGGUUGUUGUCAUUGGAUGUAUGUACAUACAAGCUGUAAUUGCGGGUAGCAUCACUGCUUCAACCAUGUUUCUAGUAUUAUUCGCAGAAUAUUUCCAAAAAAGUGUUGGCGAAACAUUUGCAGUAUCAUCACUCCAGUUUUUGGUUCGUACUUUGACAGCCCCCUUUAUUGGUGGUUUAACUAGGCGGUUUGGAUGUCGUCCAAUGGUAAUAGCUGCAGGAAUUAUAUCAACUAUUGCGGUCAUAUUGACCUCCUUUGCAACCAGCUUGAUGUGGGUAUACAUUACGUAUGGCGUGAUGUUAGGUUUGGCAUUUUCGUUGAUGUAUGGUCCAUCGAUCGUGAUCGUCGGACAGUACUUCACACGGCGACAUGCAUUGGCGAAUGGGAUGGUGUUCACUGGUGUUGGGAUUGGAAUGAUGGCCCUACCACCUUUAUAUCAGAUGUUAAUUGAAACAUAUGGGUGGCGGUCGGCAUUGGUUGUGAUAUCGGGUAUUUACAUGAAUAUCAUUGUUUCUGGAAUGCUGAUGAAACCACUAAAUUCAGAUGACACAGUGGGUCAAGAAGCGGAUUUCAAUCGAGUACAAGAUAACCAAUCAACUCAUAAUGGAGACACAUUUGAAUCAACGGAUAUCACGGACGAGUGUAGAGUUACACAAGGUGACGAUAUGACAUACAAUGAAGUAAGAUCAAACAUUGAGCAUAACAAAGUUGGCGAGGUAAAACAUGCAGCAGUAAGAUCCAGAAAAUCACAGAGAUGCUCAGUACUACGGGAAAACCUCAAUAUUACAUUGUUGCGACAUAAUUCAUGGUUGCAAGUAAUGUGCGUUGCUGGUGUAUUCCUAGGUUUUGGGUAUAUUAUUGGAUUGGUUCAUUUUGUGCCAAAAGCUGUUUCUGAAAAUAUAGAAAAGCUCGACGCUGCAUUCCUAAUGACUAUUAUGGGAAUCACAAGUUUAGUAGGAAGAUGUUUGCACGGAUGGUUUGUCGAUUUAGGAUACUUCUCUCCAGCGGUAGUGUUUGCAGUAUCACUCUCCUCUGCUGGAGCGUGUCUUAUGGGCAUGCCAUUAUCAAAUGGAUCUUAUGCAGUACUGGCCGCUGUGGCUGCUUGCUUUGGAUUUAGCGUUGGUGUAGGUAUGCCAAUUUAUGCUGUUACUCUGAAAGCUUGUGUAGGUGUUGAGCAUCUAUCAAAUGCACUUGGCUGGUAUAUACUAUUUAGUGGUAUUGGAUAUAUGCUUGGUGCACCUGUUGCAGGGUGGCUUUAUGAUCUAACGUCCAACUACAAUGUGUCUUUCAUAAUUGCCAGCUCAUCCAUGAUUAUUUCGGGGUGCAUUGUGUUUGUAAAGCUGGGAUGUCAGAAAUGGAAGUCAAAGAAAAUUUAUGAACAGGAAACGAAAUGCCAAGAUAUUCCAGUUUCAGGAAACCAAUGCGGAACAGAGAUUAUUCAUAGUGCACGUGCAUGA